CUUGUUAUUGUUUAUAGCUUGGAUCGAUAUAACAGAAUCUCUAUUCACUAAUACUGUAAGUGCGCCAAAACCACAAUAUAUUGAACGAAAAAUCCGAAUACCAUUGCGUGGAUAUAGAAUAAACAACAGCAGAAAAACUAAUAUAGUCACAGCUAAUAUAGCUAAUAUUGACUCUACAAUAGGAUCACAACAAAACUCACAGUUUAAUCCAUCCGUUGGUAAAUCUCUUCCUGCUUACAGGAAAGUGUCUUAUCCUAGUAACAAUAUUCUGCAGCAACUAAGAGAGGCACAAAAGAAUGGUAAUACAAUUAGAUCAAAAAAAGGCCAAUACCUAGUUCCAAUUCUGCAAUCAAAAUUACAUUCUACUGUCCAACAACAUACUAACAUAUUCGGACUACCUAAAGAGUUACAAAAUUUACAACAAUUGCCGAUAGUUCAUAUACGUGAAAUUAGAGUUCCAUCUAUAAUAAGAUCAAAGGUGCCGAAAAUUCACCGUACUGUUGUACUGGCAAAAAAUGCAAAUGUCUUGUCCCAUAUAGGAAAACAGCAUAAUGGUCCAGCACUCAAUCCUACUUCCCAAGGGGUCAAGCCAAUUGGGCAAGGGAAUCGACCAGCAAGGGGUGGAAACCAACCAGGUGGUCGAGGUAAUAACCUCGGACAAGGAUCCCCAAAUAAACCGUCACAAGGAUCACCAAACAGCUUGCAGAAUUUUGUGAAAGAUGUAAUGGUGAAUAGUGGUAAUACUUUACAAGUUAACAAAGAUACAGGAAACACAAAAGUUAACAGUACAAUACAUAAAACAGAUGUUAAAAACAAUAUUAACAACAUUCAUAUCACCAACUAUUACUCUAGCGCAGGCAAUGCAACUUCGCAAGGUGGUGCUAGACCCAUGGGUCGUAGAAGACAGCCAAAUGCGCAAGGACAUCUACCUCAAGGUCAGAUGCCUAGUGGUCAACCAUAUCAACCGGGUGGUGGACACGGUCAACAACCUGGUGGUGGACACGGUCAACAACCUGGUGGUGGACACGGUCAACAACCUGGUGGUGGACACGGUCAACAACCUGGUGGUGGACAUGGACAUAUGCCUAUUGGCGGACAUGGGCAGCAGCCUGGCGGCGGACACGGACCACAACCUGGUGGUAGACAUGGACAACAGCCUGGUGGUGGACACGGACAACAACCUGGUGGUGGACACGGACAACAGCCUGGUGGUGGACAUGGACAACAACCUGGUGGUGGACACGGACAACAACCUGGUGGUGGACACGGACAACAACCUGGUGGUGGACAAAGGCAACGACCUCGUCAAGGUACAACACCAGCUCCGGCACCUCCCGGAACACAAAUUCAUCUUAAUGUAGUGAACAACCUUCCUGUGAACAAUGCAGUAUCGAAUAAAAAUCAUCGAGCACAGUUUAGCCCAUCUAAUGUGGGCAUGAAUCCAAACUUUUCUACUGGUUUCCAUGGUACAAAUAAUGGUCACAAAAACAACGCUUCGCAGAAUCCUGGACCCGUUACAGUUGGAGCUGGAAGCAGCAGUCGGAGAGCACAGCCAGGUGGUAAUCCGGCGUAUCCAGGAGGUGCAUUGCCUAGUGGAAGAAGCCGACCAGGACAGGGAGGUGCACUACCUAGUGGAAGAAGCCGACCCGGACAGGGAGGUGCACUGCCUAGUGGAAGAAGUCGACCAGGACAGGGAGGUGCACUGCCUAGUGGAAGAGGCCGACCUAGACAGGGAGGUCUCCCUGGAAUGGGAAACCAGCCCGGUGGUAAUCCAAUGUAUCCAGGAGGUGCUCUGCCUGGAGGAAGGAACCGACCAGGAAGGGGUGGUUCUCCUUUGUUGGGAGGUACCCUACCUAGUAGUAUGAACCCACCAGGCAUUGGUUCUUUGUUCCCUGGAAGUCCACUUCCG